CGUCCCGUCCCGUCCCGUCCCGCCGUUUCACGCCCCGAAGGGCCGUGCCUUUAGGCGAGAGCAUGGAGCAGCGGCGCGUGACGGCGCUGACGCCCGUCGAGUGCAUGCUGCUGCCGCGCUACUGGCUGGAGCAGAACAACGUGGCCAACGUGUGGGAGCGCGUGCGCCUCUACCUGAACCGCUCCAUCCCGGACACGCGCGCCGUGUUCCGCGCGUGGGCGGCGGAGCGGCGCUGGCUGCGCCACCGGCAGCACGUCGUGGCCCAGCUGAUCGAUCGCCGGCGCCUCGACUCGGGCACCACGCCCUACGACGUGCCGUACGCGCUGCGCCUGCAGGACAUCGCCCAGCCGCACGCGAGCAGCCGCAGGGCGACCGCCGAUGCUCGCUAGCGGUGAAGAUGCGGCGGCGACAUGACCCUGGGCAUCCUCAUCAUCUUCGACAACCCCUCGGCCACCUACAUCGGCGGCCAGGAAGUCACCGGGCACGCGGCCGUCGAUGUCGUCAAGGAGAAGAAGAUCUACGGAAUUGCAGUUGAAUUUCGAGGUGAAACCCAAGUUCAUGUUGGUGGUGAAGGAAGGACUCGUGAGUUGUAUUUCUUAGAGAAGAAUCUCCUACAGGACACACGCCAGGUCCUGUUCAGAGGAAGCCAUUUCUAUCCAUUCUCGUUCGUGUUACCGAGGUCCUUGCCAUCUUCUUUCGAAGAUGCUUCGUACGGACAUGUGCGAUACACUGUCAAAGUGUACGUCCUGGGCAAGUGGAGGAAGAAACUUGAAUCUACAAUUUCCAGAUUUACCAUCGUGACUCCACUGGAUUUAAACUCAAUACGUGUGCAGGAGCCGCUGACGCUGGUGAAGCACGGCUACACGACGCGCUGGCUGUGCUGGCGCUCCAAGACGCAGAUCCUCAUGGGCAAGCUGCCGUGCACGCGGUUCGUGCCGGGCCAGGAGGCCGAGGUGAUGGUGGGCUUCAAGAACCCCACCGCCAAGUGCAUGCCCGUCAUCUGCGAGUUCGUCAAAG